UGAUGUGCAUAUGUAACGUGUUAAUUUGUCAUCAGAAACAAAUAUGUCACUUUUUUGUUUUCAUAGGCAUAGAUUGAACAUCUAAGCAGAUAAUGUAUCCAAUAGUUUUGUACUCAGACUGGGUUGCCUAGUGAGAGUAAAGAGGUGCCUGGGAAUCAACUUGGUGAAUGACUUUUAAAGAUGGACUAACAAGUCCUUUAACAGUGGCUUCUGAAAAUAGUUUAAAUUACUGAAACAGUAAGUUCUGUUUCCUGAAGUCCAAGUAUCGAAUGCAGUAAAUAUUGGUUAUUGUUUUUCAUAAAUUCAGCCCCAGAGUUAAGUCACUGUCAUUUGUGUGAAGCUCUAUCAGUUUGCAGUCUCAAGAUACAAUUCUUGGUGCUAAAGGACCAACUGAAAGUAAUUCUGAAGUGAUCUUCAAGGUAGGAACUAACCAUUAAUCAGAAUGGCUACAGGGGUAGUACAGCAACAGAAUGAAAUAAAGAAAUCCCAUCUUGCUGCCUAGAUUGCUGAGACUGUUCAAAUACCUGCAAUACAUUUCAGUUUCUGAAUUUUUUUUUCUCCUCAUUUAUUUAUUUGUCUUGGUAAACAUUUGAAUAAUAGUGCAGAGUGCAUUAAAAUAUUUCCACACAUGUUUGUACAUGUAUACACAGUGGGUCAUGUCUACAAAAAAAGAAUAUGUUACUUUUCAACAUUCUUCCUACUGAGUCCUUCAUUCCACCUCUGCUUAUCCUGGUUGCUACCGUAACAAGUAAUCUCUGACAGGUAAAAAUAUUUCUCCCUACAUAUAACAGUUCUUUUCAUGCAAAGCAAUGCCUCAGAUGUGGGAUGGUUUUGUGUAGAACAAAGCAUUUGCUCUGCUGGGCUUGAGCCAGGACACAGGAGUGGGGCUGGGGUGGGGGGACAGGGCACUGUGCCCAUCAGCCCUUCCCAAGUGCUGGGAGUUCAAAGGCAAGUGAGGGGCAACGCCUGAGCCCUGUUUUUUGGGUCCAGGUACUCUGUAUUCAUCACACUUUUCUUUUGGUGGGGUGAAAAGGGUGCCCAGUCUUACUUUAUCCUCAAGGACUCUCAGUGGGGCCAGACAGUUUCCCAUGGAAGACAGGUGGCAGCUUCCUCUGGGAUCUAGUUGGCAGCCAAGCUUCAGAUUAGCCUCCUGUGUGUAACAGUUGCCAGCUGCUCUGGUGUGACAUCCCACAGACACCUCGUGUGUCUGACACCUCACCUGUGAGAAAAAAAGAUAGGCCUGCAACACUCUGUAAAAUGUUAUAUUUUUCUAAAAAGGAAGAAGGAAAAUUAAAUGCUUCUUGCAGAUUCUUUAUUUAUUUUAUUUUUUUUGUACUACAGAGAAAGGUAGUAAAUAACUAACAGAAGACAGUUGUUUCCAGUUCCUGUUUUUAGCUAAAAUAACGGGGGUUAAUUAUUAAACCUUUUACUUGGUCGCUCACUUGUGCUCCUGAUGCUUUAAUCCUGGGUCACACAAAGUUUAAGAGUGCUUUACAGGGGAGACUCACUUCUUUUUGCCUCAGCCUUUCCCUGCUGACGGGAUGUUACGGGCUUUGCUGCUUACACUCUCUGUAGUUGCCAUUGCUCAUGCUGAGCUCUGCAAGCCAGAUGCACAGAAUGCUUUCAAAGUACGGAUUAGUAUCAAAACAGCUUUGGGAGAUAAUGCAUAUGUCUGGGAUGCUAAUGAAGAGUACCUCUUCAAAGCAAUGGUGGCUUUUGCAAUGAGAAGAUAUUCCAGCAAGAGCACAACUCAAAUUUCCAAUGUGCUUCUCUGCAAUGUGACAGACCGGGUGUCCUUUUGGUUUGUGGUCACAGAUUCUUCCAAAAAUGUGACAACUGUUCCUGGAAGUGAGGUAGAAGCAGCUAUCAGGAUGAACCGGAACAGAAUCAACAAUGCCUUCCUACUGAGUGACAAAACACUGCAGUUCGUGAAGAUAACCACCACCUUAUCACCUCCUGUUGAAUCCUCUACACCUGUCUGGCUUAUUGUAUUUGGUGUUGUUCUUUGUCUCAUUGUGGCUGGGAUUGUUUUCCUCAUUAUUUCAGGGAUUCGGAAACACAAGAAAAAGAAUAAAGAGUCAACAGAGAGAGAAAAUUUAGAAGAGAAAGUUGAAGUGACACUAGAAAAUGGGAUUCCUUGUGAAGCACUGGAUAUAAAAGCAGGCCACGUUAAUGGAGUCUUUGCGGCAGAUGAUGAACGGUUCACAUCCCUAUGAAAUGUUGCCACUGCUCUCUGGUGGUGUUCUGAAAGACUCCUGUGCCUGCCUUUUCUCGUCACUACUCCUGAAUGUCAAACAUGAAGACAAGAAAAAUGUCCUUUCAUGUAAUUUCCCUUGAGAGAACCUUUUGCUGAUAACACAUACACUUGAACCUCCACUACAGUUCUUUUCCAUGAGCAACGCAAAUAAGAAGGCCUCAGAUAAUAUCCAGAAAAGAUUUCCAGAAGAUGUGUGGCAGAACAGGGUUGGAACCUGCCUUGUACCAGGCAUCUCAUUUUUAAUGAUUAUUUAAAUACAUCCAUUGUUUGUUUUUCCCUGUCCUAAAUAUGAAACUGCAUUAUUCCUGAAUGUCACUGGGGAGAUCGUCUAUAAUUGUCAAUUCUUGAUGGGUUUUCUUUCAAGCCAUGUGCAAAAGUUUUCUGUAAAAUUACUUCUGUUUGCUGCUAUGUAGUAUACCUUUGGAUGGAACAGUCAUCAGUGCAUAAAAGUUUUCAUGUAUUGAAAAACAAAAAAGCUUUCACAGCCUCUGUAAGAUCAGGUCAAAAUACCUGGAUCAUCUAAAGCUCUGGGGUCAAUAAAAAUCUGGUACUAGAA